AGUCUGGGGAUCAGCAGAGGAGUUUGGCGCUGAAGAAAAGCCAGUCGGUCCUGGAGAGGUAUCACUCAAAAAAAGCCAUGAACAAAACACAACUCACAGCCGUAACCCUGAUGUUACUGAUCCUGAGCACAGGGAUUGAAAGUUUCCGGAUACAGAAGCGCGAGGCCACUACGUACCUGUCUCAGAUGCAGGACAUGAUUACCAACUCCUGGGAACAGGUGACUUCCAGAGCACAGGAGCUCAUUGACAAAGCAAGGAACACCGAACUAGAGAAGAAACUGAGGGAUAUCUAUGAAAAGGGCACCUCGGCCAUUGGAACCUACUCAACAAUCGCUUAUGAUCAGAUGUAUCACUUGCUGAUGGGGCAAUAAGCAUUGGCUGGUUGACCACCGCAGACUGUUUGAGGAUUUCAUAUUAUCUGAUCCGUAGAUAUGACACAGAGAACACAUUUACGUGAGAAUCGACACUGUGUAUCUUUUCAUGUUUUGUGCAAUAUCUAAUUCUUGUUAUAAUCCCAACAAAAUUAAAUUAUCUCUCCUUG